AUGGGUAAGUCAACAACAAUUGAUGCAUUUUUUAAAAGAAAAAUUAUUGAAGAUCAAAAGCACAAGGAGAGUGAUGCUACUCCAUCAUCUAUUCUUAGUGAGAGUUUGGUUGUUGAACCUCCCAAAAAAGUUCAAAGAGUUGAACUUGAAAAGAUUGAUAUUGCUUCUUUGGAGCGUGAUCCCGGUAAACGUCCACCUACAUGGAGCUAUCCUCUUAAUCAACAAGAUGAAAUUCGUCAAGCUUAUAUCAAUUGGGGGCCAUAUCAAGUUAAGCUUGAGAAUUACCCUUCAAGUGGUUCAAAGAAACAUGUCAAUAAUGGAGAUAAUUGUGCUUUCUUACGACAUGUGGGGAAAAGUCCUAACUCAUUUCACAGAAUUGCGGUAAAUGCAUGCAAUGAUUUGAUGAAUGCUUCUCAACACAUUGGAACUUUCAUUGAGAAACAAAGUUUUGAGCAAGUUGAGAUUAAUCGAUUAAGGCUUCAAGUUUCAAUUGAUGUAGUGCGAUGGCUUGCAUUUCAAGGUUGUGCCUUUCGAGGACGAGAUGAGAGUGAAAAAUCUCUUAAACGUGGAAACUUUCAUCAACUUAUCAAGUUGUUGGCUUCUUAUAAUGAUAAGGUUGCAAAUGUUGUUCAAGAAAAUGCUCCGUCCAAUGCUUCCUAUACAUCUCCUGAAAUUCAAAAGGAGAUUCUUUAUAUCUUUUCCAAUAAGGAAGCUAUUUUUUCUACUCUCUCUCAACAUAAUUUGGCCAUUCAUAACAUUCGUGGACAAGGGUAUGAUGGAGCUAGUAAUAUGAGAGUUUUCAUUAUCAACAUUGUUACUGCAUCUAGCAAACGUAAUGAUGAAUUAAAGGAGGCUCAAGCAAUUGAAGUUGCUACUAAGAUUGCUAAUGGUGAACUUGAAACUGGAAGGGGGCUUAAUCAAAUUGGCACUUUAAAACGAGCUGGAGAUAUUCGUUGGGGUUCUCAUUUGGAUUCUAUUUCUAGUUUACUGAAAAUGUUCAAUGCUACUUGUGUGGUUUUAAGUAACAUUGCAGCAGAUGGAGGUUCAUACUCUCAACGUGGAGAUGCAAAUUUUGCUUUGAAUCAGUUGUUAUCCUUUGAGUUUGUUUUCACUUCGCAUCUUAUGAAAGACAUUAUGGAAAUUACUCAUCUUCUUUGUAUAGCAUUGCAACGUAAAUCUCAAGAUAUUUUGAAUGCAAUGCAUCUUGUCUCAAGUACAACAAAGCUACUGAAGAAUUUUCGAGAUUCGGGAUGGGAUGAUUUCUUGGUGAAAGUUAAAUUAUUUUGUGAGCAACAUCAAAUUGAUAUCCCGGAUAUGAAUGCUCAAUAUAUUGCAAGACAUGGUAGAUCUCGAAGUCAUCAUGAUGAGAUUAGUGUGGAGCAUUAUUAUCGAGUGGAUAUAUUUCUUGCAACAAUUGAUUAUCAAUUGCAAGAGUUACAUAGCAGGUUUAAUGAUCAUGCCGUGGAAUUACUUGUUUUGAGCACUACUUUAGAUCCUAGAAAUGGAUUUAUGCUGUUCAAGAUUGAUGAUAUUUGUAAACUUGCAGAGAAGUUCUAUCCGAAUGAUUUUAUGGAGCAAGAACUAGUACGUCUCAGAAUAGAACUUCAACAUUUUGAGUUCAACAUUCCAAAUCAUCCUGACUUUCAAGAAUUAUCUGGUAUUCACGAGUUAUGUCAAGGCUUAGUGAAGACAAGAAAAUCAGUGACAUAUCCUCUUAUUGAUAGAUUGAUCAGACUUGUUCUUACUCUUCUUGUAUCAACUGCAACUACAGAGUGGGACAUGUUUGUUGGUGGAACUGACACUACAUCAUCGCUGCUAGAGUGGACAAUUUCAGAGCUAUUAAGAAACACAAAUGCCAUGCAAAAAUUGCAUAAAGAAGUGAGACAAUUCUUAGGAAGCAAAUCAUGCAUCAGGGAAGAUGAUUUAGAGAAUCUCCAUUACCUAAAAGCAGUAAUAAAAGAGGCUCUUCGUUUGCAUCCACCAGUUCCAUUACUUCUUCCUCGUGAAUCAAGCAAGGCAGUCAAAAUAAUGGGAUACGAUAUAGCUGCCGGCACUCAAGUGAUUAUCAAUGCUUGGGCGAUCGCAAGGGACCCAAAAUUGUGGGAAGCUGCCGAGGAAUUUCAGCCAGAGAGGUUCUUGAAUAGCUCGUUGGACUUUAAAGGGCAAAAUUUUGAGUACAUCCCAUUUGGUUCUGGGAGGAGGAGCUGCCCUGGUUCUGCGUUUUCUAUGGUUACAGCUGAACUUGCACUUGCAAAUUUGAUCUGCAACUUCGAUUUUCAAUUGGCUGGUGGAGCAAGACCGGAAGAUUUGGAUAUGACUGAAGCACAUGGGAUCGUUACACCAAGGAAAGUCCCACUUCUGCUAGUUGCAAGUCUACCUAAUUAG